AUGGAAACGCAACCAGCCGAAUCUCACGAAGAAAUCUUGUCGAAUCUUGGUAAACUGGCUACGGAGCUUGACACAAAGCGAAAAGAGAUCUACAAAAAUUUGGCUUCCCGUCAGAUCCUGAAUAAGGCGUUGCGAUCCGAAGUUGAAGGUGAACCAUUACUGGAGAAGCUUAUGAAAGGAGAGGAAACCCAAUUAGCAAUAAGAAAUGCAAAGAUUUCAAGUCUGGAUGGCGUUGAAUUACUGGCAGGGUUAGUGACGAACUUGGAUGUUAGCGGUAAUGAGAUAUCAUCUCUAGACGAGAUAUUGCUGCCAAAUUUGGAAUAUCUCACAGCGAAUGAAAAUCCCAUUGAAAAGUUGACUCCAAAUGUUCCUCUUUGUAACUUGAAGUUCCUUUCGUUGGGAUAUUGCCCAGUAAAUGAAGUGAACUGCGUACUGCCAGCACUGAAAUCCAUGUGCUCACUGGAAAGAUUCCUUUAUUGUGAAACUCCUUUGGUGUCGAAAACUUCUGAACUUGGUAAGGAAUUGCCAAAUGUUAGGCUCAUUCCUCAUUAUCUCUAAGU